AUGGAGGUCUGGAACUCCACUUUAGGAAGUGGCUUCAUCUUAGUGGGGAUACUGAGUGACAGUGGGUCCCCUGAACUGCUCGGUGUCACAAUUGCAGUCCUGUACAUAUUGGCCCUGAUCAGCAAUGGACUGCUGAUCCUAGUCAUCACAAUGGAUAUCCGACUCCACGUGCCCAUGUAUCUCCUGCUUGGGCAACUCUCGCUCAUGGACAUGCUGCUUACAUCAGUUGUCACUCCGAAGGCUCUCAUGGAGUUUCUUCACAGAGAAAACAGCAUCUCCUUUGGAGGCUGUGCCCUUCAGAUGUUUCUGGAGCUGACACUGGGUGGAGCAGAGGACCUCCUUCUAGCUUUUAUGGGCUUUGAUAGGUAUGUGGCCAUUUGUCAUCCUCUGAACUACAUGAUCUUCAUGAGGCCUAGAGUCUGCUGGUUCAUGGUGGCCUCAUCCUGGAUCCUUGCAUUCCUAUGUGCUCUGCCAUAUAGUGUAUAUACCAUGCACUAUCCCUUCUGCAAAUCCCGGAAGGUCAGACACCUAUUCUGUGAAACUUUUCCUUUGCUGAAGCUGGCCUGUGCAGAUACAUCCAGAUAUGAGCUCAUGGUUUAUGUGAUUGGAGCAGCCUUCCUAAUUCCCCCUCUUGUUGCCAUUGUUGCCUCCUACACAUUAAUUCUCAUCACUGUGCUGCAAAUGCCCUCAAAGGAGGGGAGGAAGAAAGCACUUCUCACCUGCUCCUCCCACCUGACUGUGGUAGGGAUGUAUUACGGGGAGGCUACAUUCAUAUAUGUUCUACCCAGUUCCUUCCACAAUCCCAAACAGGACAACAUCACCUCUGCCUUCUACACAAUUGUUACCCCAGCCUUGAAUCCCCUCAUUUACAGCCUGAGGAAUAAGGAGAUCUUGGGGGCCUUGAGGAGGAUCCUGGGAAAAUAUAUGGUACAAAUACACCCUACCCUCUAG